CUUCACUGAGCUCUUAUGCCAGUGUAGUGUGCUCUCUCUCGCUCUCUCAAAUAUAUAAGCAAGUUUUUCAGUGCUAGAGAGAAAGAAAAGCAAUUUCAAGAAGAAGAAGAAGAAGCAUUUUGCUUUGUAAGUUGCAGAAUUGAAGUAUGGGUCAAGUAUUUGGUUGUGUUCAAGUGAAGCAGUCAAAGGUUGCUGUGAGGGAGCGUUUUGGAAAGUUUGAUGGGGUGCUUCAGCCCGGAGGUCAUUGUGUGCCUUGGUGUUUCGGAUAUGAAGUAGCCGGUGAGGUUUCACUGCGUGUGCAACAAAUUUGGUUUAAAUGUGAAGCCAAAACUAAGGAUAAUGUGUUUGUCAAUGUGACUACAUCUGUUCAAUUUCGUCCAUCAGCAGAACAAGUAGAGGAUGCUUUCUAUAAGGUCAAGAACACCACCCAUCAGAUUCAAGCCUAUGUUUUCAGUGCUAUCAGGGCAAGUGUAGCCAAGUUGGAAUUGGAUGCUGUGUUUGAAGAGAAGAAUGGCAUAGCAAAAGCUGUUCAAGGCGAUCUUGAAAAGGCAAUGUCUGCUUAUGGUUAUGAGAUGAUUGAGACCCUCAUUGUCGAUAUAAUGCCUGAUGAUUCUGUGAAGAAAGCAAUGAAUGAGAAUGCAGCUGCAAAGGAAAAGCUUGGCACAGCUCACCAGCGCAAGCCCAAAGAGGAGCUUUGAAGCCUUGAAGGACAGUGUCAUUGCAUCAUCAUGUUUGCUGUUAAAGUAGAGUACUACCAGUCUAUUGGGAUGUUUCACCACCCUUUUAUAUUUCUUAUCAUGCUUGGAUGUUAACUAAUGAAGUGGCGGAACUAGAAUAUAUUGGGGUGUUUCACCCUUAAUGUUUUAUAUUUUGGCAGUUGCUGGAUGCUGCGAAAACUAAUUAGAGUUUACAUGCUUGGAUUUUCUUCUUCAA